AUGUCUUACAGUUUAGAGCAGACCGCCGAACCGGAAGACCUUAUCCUUGUCUGUGCUCCUGAUAAACAAUCAACCGUACUCUUUGUCAAGUCUAUCGCCAACGAUGAGGAGGCUAGCGCAGACCCACUUUCCAUCAAAGUGGUAGCAUACUCAAUAAAUUACAGAAGAAAUUUUUCUUGCGACAUCUGCUAUGAGACUUAUGACAAUGAAAUCAAGCUAUGGGACACAGCCUCUGGGGCACUAAAGCAUAACCAUGGCCAUUCAGGUCGUGCCAAGAUCAUGCGAUUCCUACCAGAUGGCCGACUGGCUGCUUUGGGCUCUAGUGAUCAUAUAGUCAAGCCCUGGUCUGCAGAGACAGGGCGAAAAUUGCAGCAACACAUUUUGGAAGGCCACUCAAAAUGGGUUACAAGUGUAGCAUUCUCACCAGAUGGGAAGUUGGUCUACGAGAGCGCUAAAAUGUAUCCUAAAAGGUCAUUCAUUCCCAGUCCAGAGUGUCAUGUUUUCACCGGACGGCAGGUUAUAGUAUCUGGCUCUGAUGACCAUACGAUCAAGUUAUGGGAUACGACUACGGGAGCGUUGUCGCACACCAUUCCUAUUAAUGAUGCUAUGUGGUAUAAUGAGAAUUAUGGCUCGGGUCUUUCUCAGGUAGAUACUGUAAUUUCGGUCGACGGCCAGUGGGUAACACUUCAUCAUGAAGGGAUCUUGUGGCUUCCACCAGAAUAUCGACCUGGCCGCUCUACAGCCCAUGGUGAGAUGGACAUUAUCGGGGAUAAAUUUGGAUUAGUCUCUGCGAUGGAGUUUUUCUUUGGGGGGCAGUCACAAUUGGUCCCAUGA